GUUGGAUGCUGGCUUUUCACGGCGGAGUUGCGAAUAUAGGGGAGGCUCCUUUUGCUGUCUCCUGGCAAGAAACACUAUCCGCAAAACAGGUUCACCAACUGGGGAUAAAUAACGAUUUUUCCGGAAUACUGUUAUGGGAUUUUCUACGGCCAACAUUGUGGAUGGUGUGAAGCGAUGCUGACCGCGACAUCACUUCCUGUGAGCUUGACCCGUGACCUCUGACCUCGCCAUGGACGCGCUGUUCGCCUCUCGUCGGCCCGCCCUCUCCCUGUGAGCCAUGGCCGCCUGGUGAAAGCGCUCACCCCGGUGCAUGCUGGGUAGCGUAGCGGGCGUGUCCUCUCGCGGCGGUGCUGAAUGGCGCAUGAUGGGGCGGGGCUCUGAGAUUCUGCUGGGGGACGAACCGGCAGCCAGAAAAUGAGCGACAGGAGCCCCAGCACGGACAGAGCCAAUCCGGCGGGGAGGGGGGCGGGAUGCAGGGCCGGACGGGCGGAUGAGGCGGGGCCCCCGGGGGGCAAGGCCAACGGGGCGCCGGCCCGGCCCAAAAUGGGGGUCCGGGCCAAGACGUCGGAGUGGCCCCCCAGGAGAGAGGGCUGGGAGGGGUGCGAGGGCGCGGCGCCGGGCGCCCAGAACGGGGGGGCGCCGCGGAACUCUCUGGACAGCGUGCUGAGCCUGCUCCCGCCCCGCGGCCUGCUCCCCGCCCUGCAGCGCAGCAGCAGUGACGUCACCAUCAGCGACGUCGACGCCGACGACCUCCACCCCAACACCGGCCCCGCCCUGCGGCGCGGCUACGGCAGCGCCUCCUCCGUGCACGAGCAGGAGCAGGAGGAGGACCGGGAGCGGGAGCGGGAGCGGGAGCCGGGCGCGUGGGGGUCCCCCCCCAGCCCCGACCCCUCGGCCCCCUCCCCCAGCCUGCGCACGGCGGCGCUGAUCUCCCGCGGCGAGAUCGCCAUGGAGACGGCGGCGGAGACGGACCGGGCGGCCGCGCCCCGGCGCCGGACGGACUCCUCCUGCGAGACCUCGCUCUUCCGCAAGCUGCGCAGCGGGCGGGGCGAGGCGGAGGCCCCCCGGGGCCCCCCGGAGGGCGGCCGGCGCGGCGUGCGGAGGGGCUUCGCGCACUACGACGUCCAGAGUGUCCUGUUCGGGACCGCGGCCGCCUCGCCGGGCCACCGCGCCAGCCCCGGGCGCCGGAGGAACACCUCCACGGGGGCGUCGGCCGCCUCCCAGGCCCCGCACGCGGGCGGGCCCCCGCCCGAGGCCCCGCGGCCCGACGCCGACGGGCCCGACUCGGACCCGGGGGACGGGACGUCCAGCGAGCUGCUGCUCAGCUGCCCCUUCUUCCGCAACGAGGUGGGGGGCGAGGGCGAGAGGCGCAUCUCUCUGUCCCGCUGCGGCCCGCGCGACGGCUGCUCCUUCGAGUCCUCGCUCAGCUCGCACUGCACCAACGCCGGCGUGUCCGUGCUGGAGGUGCCCCGCGACAACCAGCCCCUCCACCGCGAGAAGCUCAAGCGCUACGUCAUCGAGCACAUCGACCUGGGGGCCUACUACUACCACAAGUACUUCUACGGGAAGGAACAUCAGAACUACUUUGGCGUGGACGAGAACCUGGGACCCGUGGCGCUCAGCAUCCGCAGAGAGCGGCUGGAGGACGGGAGGAACAAGGAGGCGCAGUACGCCUACCGCAUCACCUUUAGAACCAGCGAGCUGGCCUCCCUGCGGGGGGCGGUGCUGGAGGACUCCGUGCCCUCCACCGCACGGCAUGGCACGGCCCGCGGCCUCCCUCUGAGGGAGGUGCUGGAGGAGGUGCUGCCCGAGCUGAACUCUCAGUGCCUGCGCCUGGCCCCCACCUCCCCGCUCGUCUCCCAGCAACUGCUCCGGCUCGACGAGCAGGGGCUGAGUUUCCAGCACAAGGUGGGCGUGCUGUACUGCCGGGCGGGGCAGGGCUCGGAGGAGCAGAUGUACAACAACGAGAGCGCCGGCCCCGCCUUCAGUCAGUUCCUGGAGCUGCUGGGAGAGAGAGUCCGUCUGAAGGGCUUCAGCCAUUACAGAGCCCAGCUCGACAACAAGACUGACUCUACAGGGACCCACUCUCUCUACACCACAUAUAAGGACUAUGAGCUCAUGUUCCAUGUGUCCACCAUGCUGCCCUACACGCCCAACAACCGACAGCAGCUGUUGCGGAAAAGGCACAUCGGAAACGACAUCGUGACCGUGGUGUUCCAGGAGCCGGGGGCACUGCCCUUCACCCCCAAAAACAUCCGCUCCCACUUCCAGCACAUCUUCAUCAUCGUCAGGGUGCACAACCCCGGCACAGAGAGCGUGUGCUACAGUGUGGCGGUGUCGCGCUCCAAAGACGUCCCCCCGUUCGGCCCCCCCAUCCCCAAGGGCGUGACGUUCCCCAAGUCGGCGGUCUUCCGGGACUUCCUGCUGGCGAAGGUGAUCAACGGGGAGAACGCGGCGCACAAGUCGGAGAAGUUCGGCGCCAUGGCGCGGCGCAUGCGGGCGGAGAGCCUGCGCGACCUGGCGGCCAGCUUCGCCGCCGGCGCCCCCAUCGACUCGGGCGCCAAGUUCAGCUUCAUCUCGCUGGGCGCCAAGCGCAAGGAGAAGACCCGGCCGCGCGCGGGCGCCCACCUGCUCAGCGCCGGCGCGGUCACCUGGAGCGUGCUCGCCCGCGACUUCGCCCGCGACCUGGCGCGCCUGGACGGCCUGCUCGCCGUCUCGCACCAGUUCAUCGUGCUGCUGGAGGAGGAGUCCGGCGACGUGGUCUUCAACUGCUCCUGCCGCGACGUGAUUGGCUGGAGCUCCGGCCCGCCGGGCCUGAAGGUCUUCCACGAGCACGGAGAGUGCGUCAUGUUCUCCGCCCGCGAGGACCACGAGGACGACGGCCGGGAGAUCGUUCAGCGUCUAGAGGUGGUGACCCGUGGCUGCGAGGCGGUGGAGGUGACCCUGCGCAGGAACGCGCUGGGCCAGCUGGGGUUCCACGUCAACUUCGAGGGCAUCGUGGCGGACGUGGAGCCGUUCGGCUUCGCCUGGCAGGCGGGCCUCCGGCAGGGCAGCCGAUUGGUGGAGAUAUGCGGAGUCGCCGUGGCGACGCUGACUCACGAGCAGAUGAUCGACCUGCUGCGCACCUCGGCCACCGUGAAGGUGGCGAUUAUCCAACCGCUGGAGGACGGCACGCCCAGGAGGGGCUGCUCUGAGCUCUACAGGGUGCCCAUGGUGGAGUAUAAGGUGGACAGUCAGGGGACGCCGUGCGAGUAUAAAACCCCCUUCAGACGCAACACCACCUGGCACCGCGUGCCCCCCGCCACGGCACCGCCCCCGCGCGGCUCCCCCACCCCCCCCCAGGGCUCGCCCUCCCUCCCCCGGACCGCCUCCUUCGACAGGAAGCCGCACGACGGGCCCAGGGGGGCGCCGGACACAGACCCGCCCCAGGCCCCCACCUGCAGUAAGGGGGACCCCGCCCUUCAGUACCGUGGUUCCCCCAGCAACCAGUCCUCCUCCAGCGACCCAGGGCCCCGCGGGGGGGGCCAGCCCGGGUUCGAGAAUCUACAGGAGCAGACAGCCGACAGGCGCGGUAUCCAUGGCGACAGGGACGCACUGAGAGAGGCGGUGCUGGAGCGAGCUCGGUCUGCUGAGGCCAAAUGGCACGCCCCCUCCACCAAGAUCCUCAACUCCCUGAAGAGCGAGGGGGGGAAGGACUCCCCCAGCAAGCUGCCCCGCGUGGGCGAGAGGAACUGCUCCAGCCGCUCCAGCAGCAACACCCUCUCCAGCACGGCGUCCAGCAGCAGCGACGACAAGCGCUUUGGGUCGGGGGACCCCAUGGACCCCGAGCUGCUCGGCCUCACCUACAUCAAGGGCGCGUCCACAGACAGCGGCAUCGACACGGCGUCCGGCCUGCUGGCCCCGCCCCCGGGCGGCGGGGGGGGGCCGGGGGCCCGCGCGGGCCUGCACUGGGGCGACCUGCCCGAGGACAGCGGCCUGGAGGAGGAGUCGGCCAAAAUCUACCUGCCCGCAGGCCACGCCUCCUCGGGGGCUGCCCCGCCCCUCGCCGGGGGGAGCAUCGGAGACCUCAGUGAGAUCUCCUCUCAGUCCAGCGGUUCCCAUCACUCAGGCAGCCCCGCCCUGCGGGGUCGUCGGGUCAUCAGCAGUGCUCUGGACCAAUCCAGGGUCUACAUCGUCCCUCAGGCCUCCGCUAUCCCCGGGACCAGCCCCCGCCAAACCCCCUCAAAGUACCUGAUUGGAUGGAAGAAGGCGGAGGACAGUCCCCCUCCCGAAGAGCAGGGGAACCUGGGAGAGUGCGGGAGGCUCUACGCGGCCGAGGCGUCCUGCAGGCUCCAGGCAGCCGGGCGGGGGGGUUCCCUCCAUCACAGCCUGUCCAAGGAGGAGCACCUGAGGAUGAUGCUGGAUACACACCACCAGGGGGAGAGCAGGAGAACGAUGUCCGCUGCAGGCUCUCUCUCCCCACGGCGCUCUCUGUGCCGCACGCUGUCGGACGAGAGCGUGUGCGGAACGCGCAGAAGCUCCUCCCACAGCAGCUCCCACAGCUCCGCCCUCGACCACGCCCUGCCCAACGACAUCCUGUUCAGCACCACGCCCCCGUACCGCUGCACCCUGCCCCCCCGAGGGGCGGCCGGCCAGGAGCCCGCCAGCCUGAGGAAUGAGUUCUGGUUCUCUGACGGGUCUCUGGUGGACCGGACCCGGUUCUGUGACCCGAGCGUCAUGCCCCUCCCAGACACGGCGUCCGGCCUGGACUGGUCCCUGCUGGUGGACGCCGCGCGCGCGUUCGAAGACCAGCGGGUGUCGCCCUUCUGCACACUGACGGACAUGCAGAGGGCCGAGGCCCUGCAGAUCUCACAGGAGCUGCGCAGACGGGCGGCCAAUGCAGAAGCAGCUGCGCUGGAGGCAGGGGAGUGUUCUCCUGCCAUCCUCACUGAUAAAGUGAACCAGUUAGAAGUGAUUCUGAGACAGCUGCAGUACGACCUGCAGAGGGAGAAGCAGGAUAAGGAGGUGCUGCAGGAGGAGGUGCAGCACCUGCGGCAGGAUAACAUGCGUCUGCAGGAGGAGAGCCAGACGGCCGCCGCCCAGCUGAGGAAGUUCACCGAUUGGUUCUUCCCCUCCGCCGACAACCAACCAUGAAGAGGCCCCUCCCCCCUGGGACACAUGGCACUCCGCCCCGCCCUAGACACGCCCCCUUGCACUAGAAUGUAAAAAGAGUUUAUAAACUACACACUGUUAUGGCUGUUACAUGAACACAGUUAUGGACCUGACUCUAAAAUGCACACAGUUCUGUGUGUGUGACUGUGUAAAAUAAACAUAGUCUUGGGCGUGGCUGUGCACAGUUAUGGACCUGACUGAGAUGCAGUUUGGGCGUGGCUGUAGGUAAUGUCCGUCUGUGCUCUUGAUGGACGGUGCGUGCAGUACGUAGGGCUUGAUGAAGGAAGAAGGUUCCGGAAGCACAGAACAUUCCCUGCUGUCCAGGGCAGGAAUCGCGACGUGAGUGAAGCGGGAGUUCUGGGAAUGUCGGACGUUCCGAACUCCCGCGGAGCCGGACCGGGGUCGGAACUGUCGGAUCCGGCGUAACGGGGCCUCAGAACCGGCCAUGGCCCUAACUCGGGAUGUGAGAAGGUGCUCUCUCUGAAUUUACACACACACACACACACACACACACACACACACACACGCACACGCACAUGAAUAUAGACACGUUUCCUUUCUGUCAGUAGUUUAUUUCCAUGGCCACAGAGUCCUAGCAAUAAUGAGUAGUGAGUGUGUAGUGAGGGAGCUGUGUAACGGUUAGCGCUGAGUUUGUGUCCGCGUUUCCGCAGUCUUCACCGUCUUAGUGUCCAGGAGCUGGCUGUACCCGCUCAUCCGUGUCUCCUUUUUUAAAAAACAAAUUUCCAUUCUUUUGGCUUUUUUUCCCCAGUAAAGAACACACGCCUUGCGGCUCACUGUGUGUAGUGUGUGGGCCAAUAAACCUCAUUCACUGCCGAAAUGUGUUUACCUUUGUACAGAGAACGUGUCCUGUUUAACACCAGUAUUUAAAGCCUGUUUAACCUGCAGUUCUUUUUAUUAUUAUUUUAUUAUUAAGAGUAUGUGUUUGUUUCUCCCAGUUUUUCUGCACUAAGAGAGGGCAGAGCUCUUCGAGGUAGCUGCCCGUGUUAGCGUAAUACUGACAUUUUUAGAAGCUCCCAAUGUUCAGAUGCUGCUUGACUACAGGUGUGUUCGCUUUUACACGUCUGUUUGUGAGGAUGGGAUGGUGUUCGCUUUUUUAAAUAAAUGUAGGUGGUAAAAAUA